AUGACUCGGUUAUCAACCAAACCCUUUGUCGCCCGUCUUCUCGUCAGCCCCCCCACCACUUCGCUGUCCGAGUCAACUGCUGUUCUCAAACGAAUCCAGUCCGUUGGCCAUCCUGCCGCUUUUUCCAAGAUCACCAAUCCUGCUGCCGGGAAAAAUGAUCGUCAUCAAGAAUUCGAUCUUGUCUAUCUCUCCCGACAACCACUUUUACGUGUCUGCAAACUAAGUCCAGUCACCAUUCAGGUCAAUCAGAACUUUCCAGACCCCACCAUCCAGGAUCCUUACAACGUCAGAGGUCUGCAAGACAGAAAACAACCACCACCGAAAACUUUCACCUGCCACAUUGAUGUGAGAGAUGAUGGAUACACUUACUCUGGCCAAAAUCUUCUUUCAAAGUCUUUCGCCCCUAGUAACUUGAGUAGCCUCUACCAGGCCUUGCAGGAGUCACAAGCUCCUAAAACCCUGAUCGACGCCUUUGGUGCUUCGGCCACUGGAGAUGGCCACUUGGAACAUGUUGCUCUUUCCAUCCAAAAGCAACCCGAGGAUCUUGCUACCAUGCAUCGAGUUGCUAAGUCAAGGAGUCGAAACAGUGCCCAAAGACUUGAUCCUAAGAAGAUCGAUCCAUCAAAUCCUUCGAGGGGGUAG